UAGAGCGAGCGCACUCACGUCAAAUUAGUAAAAUAUGGCGGCGCGAUCAAUGAAGUUGUGAAGUGUUGUGUGAAGUGAAACGUAAAAUAUUGAAAUGAUUGUACUCUGUGUUGAUUUUGUGUAUGAAAACAUUCUUUAAUGGGCCAUGGGAAGAGGCCAGGAGUUGCUGGACGCGGCCCGGGAGGACGACAGGCGAACGGUUGAGAAGAUUAUUGGGCAAAUAUGUAAAAGGAGUGGUCCGUUUACAAGUCUUCGACGAGGCGCGGGCGUCAACGUUCAAGACGACAAUGGGUACACGCCACUUCACCACGCUUGUUUGCGGGGGCAUAAAGAGAUAGUCCAACUUCUUCUGUCGGUGGACGCGUCGCCAUGUAUCGUGGACAAGAAGGGAGCGACUCCCCUCCACCUGGCGGCGUGGAAGGGGGACGCCGACAUCGUCAACAUGCUCCUGCAACACAACAACCCCCCCAACAUCGACCAGAUGACAUCCGACCAGGAGACGGCGCUGCUCAUAGCUGCCAGGUCGGGAUUCGUAGUGGUGGUGGAGCAACUCCUGGCGAAUGGAGCUGACGUCACCAUCAAGAACAUCAAGGAUGAAACGGCGCUGGACCUCGCCGCUUUCUACGGCAGAUUGGAGACAGUACAGCACCUGCUAAGAGUCCGGCCUCAGCUCGUGGACCCGUACAAGUACCCCAAAUGCAGAGGUCAUGUCUUCUCCGCCACGCCUCUGCACCGGGCCAGCAAAAAUGGACACAAGGACGUAGUAACAGCUCUGAUCAAAGCCGGCGUGGACCCCAACAUCCGAACAUACAACGGUACACCGCUCCACGAAGCUGCGUGCUUCGGCAAGGCUUCCGUAGUGCGCAUCCUCCUAGCCAAGGGCGCUGAUCUGAACGCGGUAGACAGGAGAGGGAAGACUGUACACGAUCUGCUGGCUGAUUACUCCGAAGAGGCUACCAGGAGGGUCAAGAAAGUUAUUAAAGAGUAUGAGAGCUUGGCUCGGAACACAUAUGAAAGCGAGGAGGACCUACCUCCCUUCCCGGUGCAAGACUACAGCCCCACUGGCUACCCGAACCCCGCUGGAAUCGGGUCGGGGCGGCGGCGGUGGGAGGAGGCGGAGGGUACAAGCGAAGGCGACGCACUCAGCGUCUCCAGUGCCGCCUCCAGCUGUGCGCCGCUACAUCUGGCACAUCAUCAUGACUACAGUAAAGUCUCGCCCACACCUCCAAAGAAGCCCCCCCGGAGGAACCUGUCGGUGUCCCCCACUCACGCCAAUUCCCCCUCGUCCGGCUACAGUUAUGAACUGAGGGCCCACGCAAGGAGUCAGGACGAUUUGGAUGAUAUUCCGGGUGCUAAACACUACCUCAAACACGGUCGUUCCGUCGACCAGUACGUGGACGGGAAGCUGUCCUACUCAGAGUACGAAGAGAACCACAACUCGCCCCGACUAGCACCUAUACCCAACCCUCGGCCCAGUCUCAAAAACAGGACACAGCCCGUCGCAAUCACUGCUAUGUACGAGAACGUCGUCAUCAAAGAACAGAAUCCUAGACGAAAGUUACGAAGGAACAACUUACAAUACGAAACAUUCGAAAAUAGAAUGGAGAACCGCGUCCGGAAGUAUUCUAACCAAGAGAGGUCAUCACUUGAGAGUCUGUUAGACGAUCAAUCAAUGAGUCCCAGUGAUUGCGAGAGGUAUGAGGGGCAGGUUCCGUUGUCCCCGACACAUUACGACCAGCCUCCUACGCCGGACCACCCGCCCCCUUCAGCCAAACAAGCGGAAAACAGCAUACACGAGAGGAUAAGGCCGCUAAGUCAGGAAUAUAAGCGGCGCUCCGCCCUCCGAGACAGCUACACGGAGACCGAACUGUGUCUCCUAAGAGCAGCAUCAGCCGCGUCUGUCGCCAGCGGCGCCACAGACAGGAGCGGAAACACCGACAACUGCGUCGAGGAGUACGUCUGCGAUGUGCCUUUUGCUGGCCUCUUCAAAGGCUCAACCACGACGCUCGACGGUAUUGGUCUUCGGCCGAUGCCAGCCGAAAGGCCGAAAACGUUGCGGAAGCUAAAGUCAGUGUACGACGCUUCUCCAACAGAAACCCCGCCUGUCAACAACUCUAACUUAAGCAGCAAUGGACAGGCAACAGAGAAGAAUAUCAAUGGAGUCGAAGACGAGGUCAGGAGAAGAAGUAACACAACCAGUUCGACGCAAAGUGGGGAUAAAUCGCUUUCAAUUCUCAGCCCCUUCGAUGAGCAGGAGGAAUGGGCCAAGAUAUCCGAGAUAAUGGCGUCAUUUGGCAGCAAGUUGGUCAGAGAGUCGGUGUUCGUGUCAGAAUUGGAACAGGAGUUCACUUCCCGGUUAGGGCUUAGUUGUUCAGAGUCCAGUUUGAGCCCCUCCGUGGCAUCCAACCUGGGACUCUGGUUGGCUGGGAUCGGUCUACACGAUUACGAGCCACUGUUCCUAGAGAGUGGUUAUGAUGAUAUCGAUUUUAUUAACGGUAUACUAGACGAAAACGACCUCCGAGAGAUAGGCAUAGAAGAAAACGAUAGACAAAAAAUACUAGAGUCAGCCAAACAAUUACCUCUUAAGAUAGCAGAAAUAAGCAAUAAUUAUAACAAUAAUAAUAUUAGUAAAAACCAAUACGAAUCCGUUGAGGAUUGGCUAAAGAAUAUUAACUUAGAACAAUAUAAUGAUACGUUUAGGAAGCAUUUGUAUGUUGAUAUGGAUAGAGUAAGGAGGAUUUGGGAGGUGGAGUUAACGGCAGUACUGGAGAUACAGAAACCUGGGCACAGGAAGAGGAUCCUGGCUUCGGUGUCCGGUGAACAGAAUGGACCUGCCACUAACAUGGAAGAUAUUAGCGCUGAUCUCAACAAUUUGAAGAGCAACAUCCAACAACUGAAAGAAGAAAUCAAAGAAAAGCUCCCACCAUCAGAGAACUUGAAGCCAGUCCCACCACCAGUGGUGCCAUCACUGGCGCCUCCUGGUGGGGAAACCCUGAAACGCAGCAAGAAGAACAGGCCAGCUCCACAGCCGCCAAGGCCUUCGGAUUUGGAGAUCAGAGCCCCUUCAGAACUGCUGGUAGGCGUGCCAGGGGCGUUGAAGACUCAGUGGAAACAUCAGCCCUUCGUUCUGGUUACUGGAGCUGUUACUUACGUAGCAAAUUACUUAGGGUCAACAGUGGUGAAAGAACUAAGAGGGACGGAGUCGACAAAGAAAUCUAUUCAGAAGCUAAAGAAGUCUACCAAAGAACCGAGAGACUCUCCCGACAUCAUCCUGUCCAUCAGCUAUAGAGGUGUCAAGUUCCUCAACACUAUCACUAGGGAGCUGAUCUGCGAGCAUGAGAUCCGGAACAUCCACUGCGCAUGUCAGGACGCCGAUGACCUCACUCACUUCGCCUACAUUACCAAAGACCACGCUACCAGGAGUCACUACUGUCACGUCUUUAGGGUCGCUACUAUGGAUCAAGCGACUGAAGUCAUUCUUACGCUGGGAGAGGCGUUUGAAGUGGCGUACCAAAUGGCUCUGAGGGAGCAGUCAAACAGAAGUCGAGUCACCCAGUCCAUGGCCAAGACUCCAACCCAUGACCCUAUGACUACCUCCAACAAGGAGAAACCAAACAUGAACCACGGAAGAUCACAUUCCAUUACCGAGAUAAAGUUGAACGGGCAUCAGUUGAAGAUAGCUCCGAUGCCCGCGUCGUUAUCGAAUGAAGACUUUCAAGCAUCUGCUAGGAACUCAGACGGCUCACGAAGUCCCAGGACACCUUUGCUAAAAGCGCCUAUUGCGUCUACUGAAGAGUUGUGAAGUUAUUUAUAAGCAACCGAUAGAAGAUUGUGGAUAUUUUCGAUCAGAAUCAUAACAGACAUAAAGUCAACGACUCUUUCCUCGUAAACCGAGUCGAUACUUCGCUCGAUGACUUUGAAAUUUUGUCUUCCGUAAUGGAAAACAUCAACUUCCUAAGAAACAAAGUUAUUCGAAUGAAAAUUAAGUAUAUUCUCGAAUUUUUAGUGUUAUUACCGGAGUAAAACAUGUUAUUCAAUAUGAUUAGGUCGGUGUUAUAGUUACGACGUCAAAUGGACCAGAGGAAACUUAACUGGUCGAUAAUUGAUUCAUUUUAGUGUAAUAUUUACUAUAUUUCAAUUUCUACACUGCUUUUAUGAACCAUAAACCUAAUUUAUAUUAUAAUAUUGUAUUGUAUAUUAUUAGGUAAAAUAAGCGAUUUUACUAUUGAAUAGUAAAAUAAUAGGGGCUGUUAUAUUUAUAAUAGUUUGUAAUGACUGUAUAUUUUUGUUUUUGUAGUAUUAAAGUGUGAAAUGUUACAUCACUCAGCGCAGUUCGAGCAGCUAUUUUCAAGAUUUUUUAAAGAGAUAUGUGGAAAUUAUUACAGUUGUACUAAAUGUAGUGUUCAAACAGAAACAAUUAUAUAUCGCAUGUCAAAUUUGUAGGUGACAGUGAAUAUUGAAAAUUACUAUAAAUAUAUUGAUCGCAUUCAAAUAUACACUAAGUAAUGAAAUGUUUGGAAAAAAUGGAUAUUAAAAAGGGUUAGUAAGUUCUGUCGUUUUGGGUAAGUGUACCCUUAUCUAAAAUAUUUAAUGAAAAAUAUAUUAAUGGAAACAUAUAUCGGACUCAAAUACAUUUUUGGAAGUAAACGCUUUGUGUUUAUUUAACGCAUGUUGGAUGUAUAUUGAUCUAUAGGCCUAAAGUAUAAUCUCGAUUUUAAGCAUAAAAAUCUUACUCAGUACGUUACCAGAUAAUUCAGUGUCGUACAUGUAUGGAUAAUGGUGCUAAUUCCUGUAGACACCGUCUAAUUUUAUUUUAAGUUAUAGCUGUCAUUUUCUUAUCCGCCGAAAAAGAAAGGAACGAGUAAUCGACAAGCAGAAAAAAAGAAAAAAGUUAUGGAACACACGACAAUUUUAGACAGAAAUUUAAAAUAUCCAAAAUUUUAUGUUGGCCAAUAACCAACAGAAUUAAGUUGGGGUUGUAUAUCAGAGAUGCCUAUAUUAUUCGCCCGGGUUAUUCAUUCAUUUUAAAAUUAUCGCUUUCCUUUUCGGCGGAUAAGAAUAUGACAGGUAUAACUUAAAAUAAAAUUAGGAGGGGUCUGCAGGAAUCGAGGCCAUUGUAAAUAAAUUGUUAGAUUUAAGCGAUCGUGUAUAUUCGGAGUUGUUACACAUCUUAUGGCAAGAUAAAAAGGUUCGCCUAACAUAUAGUACAUAAAACAUAUCAAACCAUUGUUGAAAUAUUACUAUUGUGUCACAAAAUACUUUGACCAUGUUACUGACUUCUUAAAAAUAACCUAAGUAAUGGAAACUUUGGAACGGUAAUCAAAGAUAGUACUCGUAUGUUAAAUGGACGAAAGGUUCGCAUGGUCAAAAAGUAUUUUAAAUUAUUUAAAAGAGCUUCCAUGUUAAUUUUGCACGUAGUUAUAUCAAGUUGAAAUUCGUUGUCGUACAAUAAACAUGUCUCAAAAUGACAAAAAAAAAGUUUGGAAAUUGUUUCACGUUUCAAUUAUUGCAACUGUUUGCUCAAGCCAGUGGUGUUUGAAUUAUGCAAUUAUUGUAAUAAAUUUGUAUUAUUAAUAAUCAUGGAUUUUUAAAAUUAUUAUCUGGCCUUACAGUAUGUUGCUAAAGUCUGAAUAUAAUUUGAGAUUUUUUUGUAAUCUUAUGUGAUAUGAAAAGUAAAAGCAUUCAAAUUA